UGCAUGCAGUUUACUUCGUCAGGGCAUGAAGCAAAUAUGUAUAUCAACAAAUGUCGACAUUCUAAAACAAGAUUCCAAAAAGGCUGUGAAGGAGAACAUUGAAUUGCAAAUCACUAAUGCAACUCAAAUGAUUAAGCUUGAAAAGGACCCACACGCUGCAUUUGCGUUGAUUAUCGAUGGAAAGACUUUAACUUACGCUUUAGAGGAAGAUUUGAAACAUGAUUUCUUGAAUUUAGCCGUUGAUUGUGCUUCUGUUAUAUGUUGUCGUGUUUCUCCUAAACAAAAAGCCAUGGUUACAAGAUUGGUGAAAGAAGGCACGGGGAAAACGACUUUAGCUAUUGGAGACGGUGCGAAUGAUGUUGGAAUGAUUCAAGAAGCGGAUAUUGGUGUCGGAAUAAGUGGUGUUGAAGGAAUGCAGGCUGUGAUGGCUAGUGAUUUUGCUAUUGCGCAGUUUCGGUUUCUUGAGAGACUUCUAGUUGUACACGGUCACUAGUGUUAUAAAAGAAUUGCUCAAAUGAUAUGCUAUUUCUUCUAUAAAAACAUUGCGUUUGGGCUUACAUUGUUCUACUUCGAGGCAUUCACGGGCUUCUCGGGCCAAUCAGUGUACGAUGAUUGGUAUAUGCUUUUAUUCAAUGUCGUUCUUACAUCAUUGCCCGU